AUCACAAGCACAAUUAAAACAAAGAGCAGCAGGCUAGCCAAACCCAUGCUGUGCCUGGGUACCCUGUGUGCUGCAUUCCUCACCGGCCUAAACCGAGUUUCUGAGUAUCGAAACCACUGUUCGGACGUGAUCGCAGGCUUCAUCCUGGGGAGCGCUGUAGCUUUGUUUCUGGCAAUAUGUGUUGUCCAUAAGUUUAAAGGCACUCACGGAGCUCCUUGUAAACCGAAGCCUGAAGACCCACGAGGAAUGCCACUCAUGGCUUUUCCAAGAGUGGAAAGUCCUCUGGAGACAUUGAGUGCACAGAAUCACUCUGCCUCCAUGACUGAAGUAACCUGAGAUGGAAGAUAGGCAACAGAUGCUAUUUUUUAUUACCCUCCAGUACAAUACUCCAAGACACACAGUUACUAAAUGUCUAACUGUGAUGACCAGUAUUAUGUUAUGUCUAGUUAGAGGCUAAUGUUUUGUACUUUUUUGUAUGAGGAAGUGAUGUAGCUUGCCCUGAUUUUUUGUCAGCUUUAAUAUUAUUAUGCCAGAAUUUAAAAGCAAAA